AUUCAUACGUGAUUUCGCGAACAAACUUGUAGCUGGUUUGUAAUAAUACAUAUAUAUUUUUUGUAAAUCACAUUUUCUUAAUAUUUUGCCGUGCUAUAUUUUAUAUUACAACGCAAACGACACGCUAGGUGGCAGUGCGUGUACAAUUAACUUCGUACUCCAUUAGCGAAGAAGUGACCCGUGUGUUGUGUUGUGUUAAUAUCUUUCCUUUCGUAACAGCACUGAAAAAGUCCAAGAGCAGAAACCAGAAGUUUGUGCCAGAGCACCUCCACCAUGUACCACAACAGCUCCCAAAAGAAAUAUUGGACUUUCAAUAAAGAGGCCAACUUGGAUCAUUUGAGGCUCGAGUCUAAUCAAAAGUUUCGUGCCAAAGCUCUCAGUCUGCGAAAGCCUGGAAUAAGCGAGUCCAUGUUUCUCGAUCCCCAUGAAGAGAAAGUGCUCUUUAAGCACUAUGAGAAGAGGUUACUCGACUUCUGUACAGUGUUUAAGCCUGUGAUGCCAAAAUCAGUAGUGGGCACGGCUUGCAUGUAUUUCCGAAGAUUUUAUUUAAACAACUCUUUAAUGGAGUACCACCCGAGGACUAUAAUGCUGACUUGUGCAUACCUGUCCUGUAAGGUGGAUGAGUUUAAUGUUUCCAGCACUCAGUUUGUGGGGAAUCUUCAGGAAAAUCCAGCAGCUCAGGAGAAAGCUCUGGAGCAGAUCCUGGAGUACGAGCUACUUCUCAUCCAGCAGCUGAAUUUCCAUCUGGUCAUACACAACCCAUAUCGGCCGUUCGAAGGAUUUCUCAUAGACCUGAAAACAAGGUAUCCACUGUUGGAGAAUCCAGAAAUGUUGAGAAAAAGUGCAGAAGACUUCAUCAACAAAGCAGCAAUGACGGACGCAGGUCUUUUGUUCUCUCCAUCUCAGAUCGCCCUCACGGCUGUCCUCAACAGCGCAACACGAGCAGGCCUCAAAAUGGAAACGUAUCUUACAGAAUGCAUGGCUCUAAAAGAUGACAAGGAGACACUUUCCAAGAUGUACGAAGUAAUGAGACGAAUUGCUUCUCUCAUCAAGGAAUAUGAGCUUCCCAAACCUGAAGAAGUAAACGUUUGCAAACAGAAACUGGAACGGAUUCAUACAGAGUUCAUCAGCAACCCAAACUUAAAAAGAAAGCAUGGCUAUGAAGAUGAUGACCACGUCGUUAAAAAGCCCCUUGUUACUGAAGAGGAAUGGACCGAUGAAGACUUCGAUGUCUUGUAACAGGACGGGGACCAUCUUGUUUUUUUUUUUUAGAAUGUACAGAUUGGCUUAGUGAUUUCGUACAGAUAAAAGGAAGGUGAAGCCAGUGUGUAGUGUAUUGGCCACAGACUGCUACUUCAUGCUAGUUUGUAAAUACCUAGGCAAUAUUUGCCUGCUUGAGUUGUGUUGUCUUGUUUACCAAAAAUAAAAUACAAAUUUUGUA